CCGCCGGCCGGGCCGGAGUCGCUCGGGUCUCGGGCGAAUCAGUGCGCGUUUCCCUCUGCCAUUUGCGCGUCGGUACGCGGCAGCGGUGUUACCGGAAUCUCCGACGUGUGCUUACCGGUGCGUAGAAGACGCGUAACCGCCGUGUCGGUUGAGGUGUGCUUUCACGAGUUCGUGUGCAGUAACGUGCGUGGAUUUCUCACGAUCAAAUCGAUCGGUAUGGCGGACACGGAGGUCAAGGAAACAAAAGUCACUACUCCUCAGAAGAAGGUAGUGGAAGAGGAGAAGGUGGUGGUACAGGAGGAAAUUGACGAAGAUUCGAAAGCAUCUGAAAAUGGAGAUACGAAGGAAACCAAAGAGAAUGGCUCGAGCGAGGAGAAGGAGACUGAUGAGAAAGAAGCAGAAUCUACAGAGAAUGGAGACUCGACAGAUGCUCCAGCCGACAGUUGCUGCGUAAAGAGGAAAUCAACGGCCGCAGCCGAUGCAGCCGAGGACGCACAGGACGGCGCGAGUCCCGAAAAGAAGUCGAGACUCGAGGAGAAGUGCGCCGAGGCUGAGAAUAACGGCGACGCGGAGGAGGCCACGGCCUAAUAUUCUCUUAUGUUUAUUAUUGACAGACAGACCUAAUCUAUAGAUGCAAUUUUAACUACCGAGUGUGAAGCCAGGGCAGAUCAUCUGUGCAUUUUCAGAGAGAAGAUGGCGAGCAUAAAAAAAAGAAGAAAAAAAAACAGAAAAUGGAACAUUUUGACGUUUAUUGCAUUAAGAACUUUCUGUGUUCAGGAUGAUUGUGUGUGUCUCCCAUAAUAUUUCUUGCAAUUGUUAAUUGGCAAUAGCGACACGAAUAUUUCCGAUAUUUUUUGAGAAAAUAUCGCAGUUAUUACAUUUAAAUGUAAUGUAAAGCAUAAACAAAUCGUGUUCUCUGUACUGGCAUCCACGUUGCAUACAUAUUAUAUAUUCACUUAGCGUUAGACUCCUAAGGUAAGGAAAUAUACCGAUAAUGUUUAGAAAUAAUAUAUUUCUAAUUCAUCAAAACAAAAUCGACGGUGCGCGGUGUCUGGAAAAUGGGUACGUUUGUGCAACAUAAUAUUUCCACCUUGCUAGUCCUCAUUGUUUCCGACGCACGGACACACAUUGUAUCUUAUACCUUAUAGAUGACACAUACACACCUUGGACUAUACAUCGGAGAUAGAAUACGGAUAUUUUUCUGCGAAUCAAAAUACAUUCCCGAAAAUAGAUCGUCUUGUAACGUUAUGACUGUUCGCCGACGAAAAAACUUAUAAGAGAGCGCCAUUUCUACAGUUAACAUGCGUGUUUCACAAUUGUUUUAUUUAUGUAAACUGUAAUUUUUGCAGAAAGUAAUCCGAAAACGUUUAUCUAGAGUUUAGAUAAAUUAAUAACGCGCUAAAUUCUACUAACACGCUGGUAUGUGUUUACGAAGGAAUCUUUUUUUCUUUUUUUUCUUUUUUUUUUUUCAAAUGACUGAGAAAAAAGAGCAAUGUUCAACACUGAACGAAUGCAUCAUAUGAUUUCGUGUUGAAACUAAUUCAUGGUUUUUAAAAAAUUGAAAUGAAACUUUCUUUUGUUUUUAUUCUAAUUGCACAAGGCACAUUAUACAUGUAAUUUACCUCGGUUUUCACAUGUACCUAUGUAUGUAUAGAAACGCUGAGUGAAAAAUGAUUUAUUUUGAAUUUUGCUAAUGAUGUAUAAAACAAGUAUAUUAAUGACAGUCAUUCAAUAAGAAAGAUAUUGCGGUUGACACAGAGCCAAAAGAUUAUGAUUCUUAAAAUUUCGUUUGAUGUAAUUAAUCUAAAUUGAUUACUAAUUUGCAUGUUAUUUCAAAAUUAUUAAAUGAUUGUCAUAUGUAAGUCAUCGUUUCUCUUAGUUUCUCUUAGUAAUGCGUUAGCUUCAAAAAGAACCCAUAUCUUAUAUUUCGGUGACAAUGUGACAAUAGUUCGUAUAAUUUUCAAUGUCAUUGUUUUGCUUCGUAUGUAAUAAAUAUAACUGUCAAUCAGUAAGGGUAAUAACAUGUAUGUUUAAGAUUUAAAAUGGUAAAAUGUGUUCAACAGCUAAUACAAAUAAAGAUGGUUCUCUAUA